UAUGUCGUUACCUAUGAAAACUUCUUGGUUACAAUUCUUCGUUUUUUGGUUAAUUUUAGUUAACCUAGCGCAAACAUCUGUUGCUUUACCUAAACAUCCCCACUCCAGUAUUCAAUCAGGACAAUGUAGUUGUUCGUCGCAAAAUAAUCCUCCUGAUGACAUUAGCUGCAAAGAUGGCACUAGUUUCUCUUGCCCCAUUAAUUUGCCUCAUUGCGUUAUGUUAGGUGGUGAUCCUUUUUGCGGUCUUUGA